AUGCAGUUCUCCAGCCUUCUCGCCCUCCUCGGCUCUGCCGUCGCCGUCGCCGCCAACACCGUCACCUUCAAGUCCCUCGACGACACCGACCGCACCAUCUACUUCAUCGCCAACUCCGGCCUCGCCGCCAUCGACUCGGUCAAGGUCCCCGCCAAGGGCUCCACCACCGUCGACUUCCCCCAGGCCUGGAUCGGCAACUGGUACUCCGUCUCGGACGGCUCCGAGAACACCACCGGCAUGCUCGGCGAGGUCGCCUUCAACGGCUGGAACGACCUGACCUACUUCGACGUCUCCGCCAUCGUCAACGCCAACGACAUGGACGGCGUCAAGCUCAUGUACCCGGCCUCCGCCCAGACCCCCACCUCCGGCUGCGACAACUUCCUGUGCAACAACGCCUACUACCUCCCCGACGACAUCCAGACCAAGACCACCUCCGAGACUGACCUCAUCUGCACCCUCGGCAAGAACGGUCUGACCUCCAUCGCCUCCCGCGACGUCCACGCCGAGGUCGAGGAGGCCCCCGCCGUCAAGCGUGACUUCGUCCUUGGCAAGUGGUAA